UCAAAUAUGGAGCUGUCACUUCUUGUGAGCCAAGGCGACACAUUACUUGGCUUCGUUCGCGCAACCAUAAAACAAUAACAACUGCACACACAAUAUUUAUCAUGCUUAACUAUUGAGCUAACUAGUUUUCAAGUCAACAGAAAAUUAACAGAAACCGUAGAAAAUCAACAAAAAUUGGAUGUACACAAACACUGUACCUCAAGCUCUUCCUCCAGCUGGCGUCAUGGCUACUACUAAAACGAGGAAAUAGGGGGACAACAAAAUAGUAAUGUUUUAUUAGGAUAAUACUUGAGCAAUAACAAUGAAUGUUAUCACUACAGUUACAAUUAAAGAAAGUAGUCGUUUGUUUUUUCUUCUGGAACAGUUCAGUAAACAAUAUUCUAACAUAUUUAAACAAUAAUUUAGAUACAAUAUAUUUCCCCUUUCAUCAAAAUGGUUUAUUCCAUUCUGCUGUCAGUAUGAGAAACGGGACGCCAUUGCGGUUCUACACACGGGCGUUCCAAGCAUAACGAAGCAUGCAGCAUUUGAUCCAAUAUGGCGUCCACAGUGUCUCAGUUUCUCAGUACUCCCAACUCCACAUUAAUCCCUUGCCCCGCCCCCGUCCUUUCCCUUACGCGUGGUAUCUGUUUUGGCAGCAUGGCUUCUUCAGCGAAAAGACGAGCAGUUGGAAUGGGAGAAAAUCCCGCUGAUAGUGAGGAUAACAGCUCCGAUGAAGGAUUGGAAGACGACGUUGAUUCAGCAGAGAAUAACAGCGGAUCAGAAGAGGAGAUACAUGAAGAGGUCAUUGUAGACUUUGAGGCCCAUACCAUUACUCACAAUGACUACAAUGGAGUCAAGAAACUCAUGCAACAGCUGUUUCUGAAGGCUCGUGUCAAUACAUCCGAGUUGACCGAUCUCCUCAUCCAGCAGAAUCAUAUUGGAAGCGUCAUCAGGCAAGCAGAGGUGCCAGAGGACAGUGAUGAUGACGAGGAUCCAGCUGAUGAGGUGUUUGGUUUCAUCAGCAUGCUCAACCUCACUGAGAGAAAG